AUGAGCCAAAAGCGGAUUUAUCUCGAGGCAGUUGGAGCCCUCAGAUCUCAGGUCUACGAGGUCGAACAGACAGUUGUGCGUCUUAGCACCGAGAAUACGCGCCUCAAAGCCAGAAUUGCGCGCCUCGAAACCGACAAUGCUCGUCUAAAAGACAGAAUCAGCGAUCUCCCAGGGGUUGAGUCUGGCUUUGUGAGAGACGCCGACAACUUGUACUCACCGCGUGCCAUCUCGAUCAUUCCUCCCGAACCCUCUAUUGCGUCCGGCUCCCGCGAUCUGGUCACCCUCGAGGUUGCGACCAUCUCCAAAGACUCCGCGGCCACUUCUACGACUACUGCUGCACUCUCUCUCAAACCCGGCCCCGUUGAUGACAACCUUCCCGCCCACAAGUCCGGUAGAGCUAUCUCUCAAGCCGACAAGUCUAAUGGGAAGGAUAUUAAUCCUCCCACUACCAAGGUUGUCACUACUCAAGGUCAAGCGGUUGCGUAUGGCCCCGUACGCCGUCGCGGUCACGUUCGUAAGCCCGGACAGUUAGACGACCCUCUGAUUCGCAACGUCAUCCCGCAUUAUGAGGAUCUCGAGCAGAGUAGGAAACUGAAGGACAUCAAGAGGCAAUUACAAGGCCAGGGUGACUUGAAGGAUGAAACGGAACUGGCGUAG